AUGGCGACUCCAUCUUCCAAACCGAACCCAGGAGCAACACCGACGCACCUGACCUCCUCACCUCGUCCGUCUGGCGGACCUAUGCAUCGAACGAUAUCGCUCAAGUCCCCGUCUACGAGAACACCCUCCGCUUCAGGUCACGGCCAUCCGAAUCAGCCCCCCUCGACGCAACAGUACGCCACGCCCCUAGCCGUCACCGCGGAGAACGAUAACGCCAUCUCAUUUAGUUCGCCCUCUGCUCUACUACUCGGAGCGUAUCCCGGGAUCAGUCCGUCCCCGGCCGUCCACGAUGCACUGGUUGGUACAGGGAUGAAUGAUAGCGACAUCCAGGCUCUAGGAAUGCCAGGCUUGAAGCUAGGGACAGCUCGGGACAAUGACGAGGAGCGCCGAAGGCAUAUUAUUGAGGUAGUCCAGAAGCUGCGAGAACGGGUAGCAGGUCGGGGCGUGAGUAGGGAAGGCAUUGAGCGGCUAAGCCAUCUCGAGCGCUUCGAGUCAAUCUGGCAAGACGAUAAUCUGAACAUUGCGGGCAACUUUGUCGACCUUGAGAUCGAUUUCUAUCGCGGACAAAACGUGGUCAGGGAUGUUAGUUUGGCCUAUGUGACGCCGGAUGCCGCCGACGGAGGACGUCGCGAGGAGGCCACGGCUGUUCUAAAGCGAGACCUUGUACAGACGCCGGAGGAUGGCGCGCGGGGUACAUGGAAGGGCUUGGACAACUUUCACAGAAACCUACAAUGGCUUGCCCGGCAUGACAAGCUUAGUGAAGAGGUGAAUUGCUUUGAGGCUAUUGAGGGUCUCCACGAAAGUCUGAAACGACUGUGGAUUGAAGAGAGCUCUCAGCGCAAGUUCGGAGGCGACUAUGAACAUCUUUGCAGCGGCGGAAUUGGCAGGCCGAGUCUUCACAAAGGUAGUCGAGUUGGUCUCUGGUUAGACUACUGGGUGCCGCGCGCCCGGGUCAUGGAUGCGAAGCAGCGAAGAUCGCCGGAUGCAAUGAUCGUUGAUCAGCCUGAACACUCUACCGCUGACGAACCGACCAAUGCUGAUGGCGACUGGAGGGUUGCGAUCGAAUGUGAAGAGGGCUAUCCGUCCCUUCGUGUGUCGAAAGACUGGCUUGGGCCUGAGGCUUUUACGACGGUCGAGAACGAUGCAGAGGCGCCAGCACCAGAGGAACAGCCAUCCACUGUCACGGUAGUCAACUGGGCCGAGCCGCCGCCCACUCUAAACGGAAACCAAGGGUCUUCGGAGAACAUGGAUCUUAACUCGAACAUGCUGGGCUCGACUUCCCCCAAUCGUCGGUUCGUUGCUAGAUUGGAACCGGCUCUCGACAUCCCGUUCCUGGUAGCCACCGAAAUAUACCGACACCUGGGCAUUCAAAUGCCACAGGACUUUAGAGCCUCGACUUACGAUGGACUGCUGGCGCCGGGAUGGGCUCUGGGCCCGGAAGACUCUCAUAUCGACAGGAAGAGAAGCAAGAUAUCUGUUCAAUCAUUCGAUGAAGGGGAUAAACCAUGCAUCAAACAGCACAGUUACACCUUCCAGACAUUUGAACCUACCAGUGGAAAGACAAUUAGAGACCUUCCGUUCUCCCACCCCCGGCAGCUUGCAGAUAUGCUUCCGACUCUUCGCCAGUAUGCCUUCCUGACAAACAUGAUUCGCAGUACAUUCCCUCUCCAGGUUAAGACGAAACCGGCAGAAGAAAAACCAAAGUCGAUUGAACAAUCGCAAGAGAACCAGAAGACGAAGAGCACUAUAACCAUCUUGACCAAUGAGAACCCGAACGAGAGGAAACUCAACCUGUUACUCGGUCUGAGUGAUGCAGAUACAGUGAAACCCGAAGACGAGGCUCAAGAGUCGGCCAGUGACGAGCUCAAAGUAGAUGUGACGCUGCGGACGCAACUGGGACAGGCCCCCAUGAUCAUGCUGCUUUUUACUGUGAAUCGCGCUAAGCCGUCGGGGCGAACCAUCGAGGAUCUCGUUACCAAGGUGUCGAUCAGUUUCGAAAUUGGACUGAACGGUCGUGUUUCGGUGGUUGAAGUGACCGGAUUGCUGGAUGACGAGAACAGCUCUACCGAUGACGCUAGCUCGGACGCGCUGACGCCGAAAGAGCCGACUCGCGCGCUGCAGACCAAGUUGGCCCAAGUGCUUGAGACAUCGCAAGACAUUGGCAUCCUAGUGGAAUGGGUCCUUCGAUGGGUACGUCAGCGGAAGAGCCGCGGAUGA